AUGAUCAUUUAUAAAGGGAACCACUAGAUUUCUAUGAUAAAAUACAUGAAAUGUAUAAAUAAACUAUUUUUUCUUAUACUUGUAAAGGUUGAUACAACAUAAUAAUUAAAAUUAGGAAUAUCACUAGAUUAUUUAUAAAAAUACAAAGAUGCCAUUACUUGUUAUGAUCAAGCUCUUAAAUUGAAUCCUCUCAAUCAGGAAUCAUUUAAAAAUAAAGGUAUCCCUAUUAUCAAUGUAUAAUUAGGGAUUUCUUUAUCUUAACUUGGAUUCCAUGAAAAAUCUCUUUAUUUUUAUAAUUAAUCUAUAUCGCUGAAUCAGUAAGACACAGAGGCAUACUAUCGAAAAGGUAUAAGAAUUAUUAAUUCAAGGAAUUUCAUUACAUUCUUUAAAUAGAUAUGAAGAAGCUCUAGAAUCUUAUGAUUAGGCUCUAAAAUUGUCCUCUUAAUUUGCUUAAAAAAACGAAGGUACUAAAACAUUACUCAUUUUUAGGAAAUAUUUAGUUUUCAAACUCAGAUAAGAAUAAAAAUAAAUAUGAAAAUCUCAUUUCAUCUUAUAAUGAAUUCCUUUUAUAAAAUCCAAAACAUUUCUAAACAUAUAUUAAUAAAGGUAUAAUAUCAUCCUAAUUUUGAGGAAUAUUAUUAAACUAAUUAGAGAGAUAUGAGGAGGCUUUGAUAUGCUUUAAUUAAGCUAUCCAUAUAAAUUCAAAGAGCUUUGAAGCAUUAAAUGGCAAAGGUAGUAUAAUAAAAAUAUUCUAUUAGGAGUUUCAUUACAUCAUUUAAAAAGAUAUUAAUAAGCUAUUGAUUGCUUUGAUAAAGCUCUAAAAUUGAAUGCUGAAGAGAUGAAGCUAUUUGUUAAUAAAGGUAAAUAAGGCAAUUUAUAGUUAAAUUUAUUUUAGGAAUUAGCUUAACUCAAUAAAAUAGGUAUUAAGAAGCAAUAACUUGCUAUGAUAAAGCUAUCAUGUUAAGUAGUAACUUCCUUAACUUUUUUAUUUAAAAAGGUAUUACAUUUAUUGUAUUUUAAUAAGGAAUUCAAUUAAAAGACAUAAUACUUUAUAGAAAUGCAAUAGAAAAUAUCAAAGCUGAAUGUAAUAGCUUUGUUGAAUCUUUUAGAAUUCCAGGAUAAAUAAGAAUAAUUAAAUUUAACAUUAACAUAGUCUGAUUAGUAGGUUAAUACUUUUAAAUAAAUUGAUAAGAUAUAUAUUAAUAAAGGUAAUAAUUAUUUGUUUAAUUAGGGCUAACAUUAAAUUAAUUAGAACACUAUGAAGAGGCUAUAUAUUGUUAUGAUUAGGCGUUAAAAAUAAAUGCUAUUGAUUCCAAUUCUUAUAUUUAAAAAGGUAUACUAAUAAAAAUCAUAAGGAAUUACUUUAUGUUACUUAAAACGAUUUGAAGAGGCAAUUGCUUGCUACGAUUAAGCUACAAAAUUAGAUUAAAAAAAUAAAUAGUGUUAUCUAAACAAAGGUAUACAUCUAAAUUACUACAAAUUUUAAGGAAUGGCAUUAAAUUAGUUAGAUUAAUACUAAGAGGCUAUUGUUUGUUUUAAUCAAGCAAUCAAAUUAGACCCAUAAGAUUUUUAGAUAUUUCAUUACAAAGUUAUAUUUAGGUAUUAAAUUAGGUGUAUCAUUACAAUACUUAGAGGAAUAUAAUAAUGCUUUGAUUAGUUAUGAUUAAGCACUUAAACUUAAUCCAAAACAUAUAGAUUCAUAUAUAAAUAAAGGUAAGAAUCAAAUUUUAUUAAUUAGGAAUUACUUUAAACAUGCUAAAACGAUAUGCUGAAGCUGUCAAAUAAUAUAAUUAUGCCAUUGAAUUGAACAAACAAAAUGCAGAUGCUUAUAAUAGGAAAGGUAUUGAAGAAUGGUUUUAAUAAUAUUAUUAGGGUUUUCAUUAUAUUAAUUAAAGAAAUAUGAAGAAGCCAGAAAUGCUUAUGAUCUUGCCCUUAAAUAUAGCCCAUAGGAUACAUAAAUAUAUAUUAAUAAAGGUAGUUAAUAAUUUUUUAUUUAGGAAUUACUUUAAUGUAAUUACAGUAAAACUAAGAAGCUAUAAAUUAAUUUGAUUAAGCUAUUUUAUUGAAUCCAAAUGAAGAAGAUGCGUAUAGUUGGAAAGGUUAAUAUUGAAAUAAUAUUAGGAUUCACACUAGAAAAAUAACACAUGUAUUAGAAAGCAAUCUAAACAUUCAGAUAUGCUUAAUGUUUAUUUGAAAAUUAGGGUAAUUAAUAUGAAGGAAAUAUUUUGGUAUGGAAAUAAUACCGUUGA